UUGGCGCUGUAGUCGUAAAAUAAUAGGUCAUAGCGUAGUUCCAAAUUUCACCACCCGCUAAAGUCGGUUUGUGGAAGUUGCAGACCGCGCUGUGGAGUGCAGUGUAUUCAUUCAAUUAUUAUUAAUAAUUUUCGUCUUUAAACAAGGUCGAAGUGCUUAUUUCAAGCUCAUCAUGGCUUGCCCGACGUUUCUGCAGGCAUGCUUCAAAACGGACACAGCUUGCGGCCGUUGCCUGUCGAAGAAGAUGACCUGUUACGUCUUAGCUAUAAUUUUAUUUAUUCUCGAGGCCUUAGAAUUCGUGAGUUUCGUUUUCCAACCAUCUUCAAUGAGGCCUACCACUACGCACCUGAACAACGCGGAGGUCGCCGUCGGAGUACUAGUGUCGCUACUAUGUUUGUUCUUCUCCGCGCUGCUGAUCGUCGGAUUAUACAAGGACCGCCUCUCUUACUUGAAGGCGUACAUGAUAUACGCCAUUAUCGUGAUCACAUUUUCAACAAUCGGUUUCUUCAUGCUCCUAUUCACAAGACCCUCGGAAAUGGGCCUACGUGGGUUUUUCAAUAUGGUAAUUUCGAUAACGCUACUCGUUCUAAGUUUGCUCGCAGUACGUGCCUACCACGCCCAAGGAAGAAGCUACAAUAAUAACAACCAACGUGGAAUUAUCUGAAUACCUUAAAAUUUAUAUAAAGUCUAACAGUACAAUUAAAACUUGUAGAUAAAUCAA